AUGAAGAUAAUUAUAUAUUUUUGCAUUUGGUCAGCAGCAUGGGCCAUUCCAGUUCCUCAAAUCAAGCCACUGGAGAGACAUGCUGUUGACAAAUCUGUGAAUGUAAAACUUCUAGAGAAAGCAAAAGUGCCAAUACAGGAUGAGUUAAAUGCCAAUGACACCAACAAAGAAGGUAGUGUCCCCCAUGAAAAUGAAAGAGGAAGGCAACAGUAUGCUGAAGAUGGUUACAAAGGAGAAAAAAAUGGCUCUGAGUGGGGAGAAGUAGGAGGGAAAAGUUCCUCUACACAUUCCAUGUUAGUAAAUGAAGAGGGGAAUACUGAAGAUCAAAAUGGGGUCACAGGAAAACCAGAAACAUAUGGUUAUGAUGGGAUACAUGGAAAAGAAGGUAGCACCACAGCAAAUGGCAUUAGGGGACAAGUAAGCAUUCUCGACAAUGCUGGAAUUGUAAAUGGGGCCAAUGUUAAUAGAAAAACUGAUAAGAAUUCAAACAAUGGAGAUGUUGGAGAUGCAAGUCAGAGUGAGGAUGCCACUGUUGUCCAAGAAGAUGGACAUCAAAUAGAUGGAAGCAAUAACAGUACAGGCCAUGAGGAUGAAAUAAAUAGGAAUUCCUGUGGAAAUGAAGGUAAUACAAGUGAAAUAACACCUCAGAUAGAAGGUGAGAGAAAUGGGAAUCACGAAGGAGUAACACCAGGGGGAAGUGGAGCUGGCAAUGGAGAAGAUGCUGGUCUGGAUAAUUCUGAAGGGAGUCCUAGUGGGAAUGGAGCAGAGGAGGAUGAAGACAAAGGCUCUGGUGAUGAUGAAGGUGAAGAAACCGGGAAUGGAAAAGAGGACACUGGUAACAACAGCAAAGGCCAAGAGGGUCAGCCUCAUGGAAAAGAAGAUAAUGAUAAUAGCUUAGGGCAAAAUUCAAUUAGUAGUGAAGAUGAUGACCCUGAAGACAAAGAAGAUCCCCAUGACAUCGAUGGAGACAACACUUCCAAGAGUGAGGAGGAUUCUGAUGGUAUUCCCAAAAAUAAAGAUAGCCAAAUAAUAGAAGACAUGCAAACACCCAAUCACAGAGAAAACAAAGCUGUGGAAAAGAAAAUCACUGAUGAAUCAGAGCCAAGUGCUAUUGGGAAGAGCCAAGAUAAGGGAAUAGAAAUUGAAGGUCCCAUUAGUGGCAACAGAAACAAUAUUACCAAAGAAGCUGGGAAAGUCAGUGAAGAUAAAGAGGGUAAAAGACAACAUGUAAUGGUCAUGGGCAAAGGAAACGUCAAGACACCAGGAGAGAUUGACAACAUACAAGGACCUGGUCAGAAAUCAGAACCCAGAAAUAAGGUUGCACACAGCAAAACAGGUAGUGAGAGUACUAGUGAUGGAUAUGACAGUUAUGAGUUUGAUGAUGAAUCCAUGCAAGGAGACGAUCCCAACAGCAGUGAUGAGUCUAAUGAUAAUGAUGAUGUCAAUUCUGAAGGUGACAAUAACAGUGAUAGCCGAGGAGAUCCUGGUUAUGACUCUGAUGAAUCAAAAGAUAAUGGCAAUGACAGUGACUCAAACGGAGGAGAUGAUGAUGACAGUGACAGCACAUCAGAUGCUAAUGAUAGUGACAGUAAUGGCAACGGUAACAAUGGGAGCAAUGACAAUGGCAAACCAGACAGUAGCAAAGAUAAAUCAGACAGUAGUGACAGCAGUGACAGUAGUGACAGCAGCGACAGCAGUGACAGUAGUGACAGCAGCGACAGCAGUGAUAGUAGUGACAGUAGUGAUAGCAACAGCAGUGAUAGCAGCGACAGCAGUGAUAGUGACAGCAGUGACAGUAGCGACAGCAGUGACAGCAAGUCAGACAGUAGUGAUAGCAGUGACAGUAGUGACAGCAGCGACAGCAGUGAUAGUAGUGACAGCAGUGACAGCAAGUCAGACAGCAGUGAUAGCAGUGACAGUAGUGACAGCAGCGACAGCAGUGAUAGUAGUGACAGCAGUGACAGCAAGUCAGACAGCAGUGACAGCAGCGACAGCAGUGACAGUAGUGACAGCAGUGACAGCAAGUCAGACAGCAGCGACAGUAGUGACAGUAGUAAUAGUAGUGACAGCAGUGACAGUAGCGACAGCAGUGACAGCAAAUCAGACAGCAGUGACAGCAGUGAUAGCAGUGACAGCAGUGACAGUAGCGACAGCAAGUCAGAUAGCAGCGACAGUAGUGACAGCAGUGACAGCAAGUCAGACAGCAGUGAUAGCAGUGACAGUAGUGACAGCAGCGACAGCAGUGAUAGUGACAGCAGUGACAGCAAGUCAGACAGCAGUGACAGCAGCGACAGCAGUGACAGCAGUGACAGCAAGUCAGACAGCAGCGACAGUAGUGACAGUAGUAAUAGUAGUGACAGCAGUGACAGUAGCGACAGCAGUGACAGCAAAUCAGACAGCAGUGACAGCAGUGACAGUAGUGACAGCAGUGACAGCAAGUCAGACAGCAGUGACAGCAGUGACAGUAGCGACAGCAAAUCAGAUAGCAGCGACAGUAGUGACAGCAGCGACAGCAGUGACAGCAAAUCAGACAGCAGUGACAGCAGUGACAGCAGUGACAGCAAGUCAGACAGCAGCGACAGCAGUGACAGCAGCGACAGCAGUGACAGUAGCAACAGCAAAUCAGAUGGCAGUGACAGUAGUGACAGCAGUGACAGCAAAUCAGACAGCAGUGACAGUAGUGAUAGCAGUGACAGUAGUGACAGUAGUGAUAGCAGUGACAGUAGUGACAGCAGUGAUAGCAGUGACAGUAGUGACAGUAAAUCAGAUAGUAGUGACAGCAGUGACAGUGAUAGUAAAUCAGACAGUAGUGACAGCGGCAAUAGCAAAUCAGAUAGUAGUGACAGCAGUGAUAGUGACAGUAAAUCAGACAGCAGUGACAGCAGCAAUAGCAAAUCAGAUAGUGACAGCAGUGAUAGUGACAGUAAAUCAGACAGCAGUGACAGCAGCAACAGCAAAUCAGAUAGUGAUAGCAGUGACAGCAGCAACAGCGACAGCAGUGACAGCAGUGAUAGUAGUGACAGUGACAACAGUGACAGCAGCGAUAGCAGCGACAGCAGUGAUAGUGACAGUGGCAACAGUGAUAGCAGCGACAGCAGUAGCAGCGACAGCAGUGACAGUGACAGCAGCGACAGUGACAGCAGCGACAGCAGCGACAGCAACAGCAGUGAUAGCAGUGACAGCAGUGACAGUGCAUCUGAUAGUAGUGAUGAGAGUCACAGCAAGAGCAAGGCUGGUAAUGGCAACAAUGGAGGUGACAGUGAUAGUGACAGUGAAGGCAGUGACAGUAAUCACUCAACCAGUGAUGAUUAG